AUGCAUCGACUUUUGCAGUUGAGGGAGCUCUUUUCGGUGCUUCAGAAGGAUCGGCUAGUCGCGGUUGAUUUCAGUGGCGUUCGACGGUUUGAGUGUGCUAUCGUGAUGAAGAUAAUGAUUGAAAGUGGAACACAUGUAUACUCUGCAUUUUCUAACGUGACUAGCUUGUCUUUCGCUGGCUGUUUUCUGAGCUCCUAUGACCUUCUUUUGGUGUCGCUGCGUACGCAAAAGUUGAAAUCUCUAACUCUGACGGAUCGUAUGGUGAACCAUCAUCUUCCCAAAGUGGACAUUGAUCCAAGUCAAAUAGAAAACUUCCAUGUUUUGGAGAAACAAGGCCUGAUUGGGCAUCGACGAGCGAUCAUANGAGCGAUCAUAUCAUAUGUGAAGAAACUGUGGCCUACUCUGCAGUACCUGACUCUUUUGUGA